GGCUGCUGUUUUAGGGUUUCUGUGCUGCGAUUGUUGUUCUUCUGUCGUUCUUUAUGGUUUAUCUGUGAGAUCUGAGUGGUUUUUGCGGUUGAUGUUGUUUAGAUCUGAGUGUUUUCACUGUUUGCUCCGAGCUCUUUUUUGGGUUUUCAUUUGGUUGAAAAUUCCCGUUGAAGAAUGCUCGGGAUAGCUUGUUUUAAAUGUGGGCUUUGCUUGUUUUACUGUUUUUUCCUUUCGUUUUGCUGGUUUGUAAACCGAUUUUUUCUGGUUCGUUCACUGUUUGCUCUGGACUUUUUGGGGAUUCUUUUGGAUGAACAACCCGGUUGAAGAAUACUUGUGAUAACUUGUAUUGAGUGUGGGUUUUUUUCGUUUUUCUGAUUUGUACUCCAGUUUUGUAGUUUUGUAAACCCCUUUCCUCAGUUUUGUUGGUUUAUAGACCCUUUUCCUCAGUUUUGUUGGCUUGUAAACCCUCUUCUUCUGUUUGGUUACUUUAUUUUGCCAAACCUUGAUGUUUGUUGUGAAAUUUUUAGAAAAUUUGUUUUGAGGCUGGGUUUUUUUGGUUACUGAUUAUUUUUUAACUCUUUGUCUGUUGAGUUUUGUCCAUUUUCCUGAGUUUUUUCUCAGCUUUGGGGAUUGUAAACCCUUUUCCUCUGUUUUCUUACUUUGUUUUCUACCCCUGGGUGCUUAUUGUAAGAUUUCUGGAGAACUUGUUUUUGAGGUUGAGAUUUCUUAGUUCAUAAUCUAUAUUUUAGCUUUAUUCGCUCUAGUUUGCGCAGGUGUGGGCAUUCUGGCUACUAUGACUCCCUGCUGUUAACAUGUGGUAUAUGGAUUUGUUUGUUUGAAGUUUGUUUUCCAUGUGAACUGAUGCAUCUGGUCAUUUUAGCACCAUUGGUACAUGGUCCGUUGUGUUCUUGAUUUUUUUGUCAUUUUUUUUGUGGUAUGAAAGUCUGGGUUCAUAUUGUGCUGUGUAAUUAUUCAUGGGACCUUCUUUUGAAAAUGCUUGCAUGUGCUUGUAAUGUUAAUUUGUCUUACAGUUUGUGAUCUGGCCACACUUAUGCUUCUGUUGCUUACUUGUCUUCCCCUGUAUUCUCUUGUAUUGUAGCUGUAACCAUGGUGAGGAAGAGACGAACUGAACUUCCUUCUGAGGGACAAAGUUCCGGUUCUCAGGAAUCUGGAGCUGGACGUGGUGCUGGCUUUGGUGGAGGCCAACAAGGUCCACCGGUUCAACAACAGCAGACUCAGCAACAAGGUGGAUCUCAGGGUGGAGGAAGAGGUUGGGGACCUCAGCAGCGUGGAGGCUAUGGUGGUCGUGGAGCUCCAUCUCCACGUGGUGGGCCUCAACAGUAUCAAGGUGGUGGUCCAGUAUACCAGCAAGGAAGGGGUUCUCAGCAGGAGUAUCAGCAAGGAAGGGGUGCUCAGCAGCAGUACCCACGAGGAGCUCCAGCAGGGCAGCGCCCAAGGGCCCCCGGUGCGCCUUCAACUGGGGGGCCCUUUCCCGAGCUGCAUCAAGCAACCCAGCCUUCUAAUCUACCUGGGGUGACGUCUCCUCUGUCUCAUGGGGGUCCUGCAGAGUCGCAAAGUGAAACUGGUUCAUCUAGCACAGUACCUGAGCCUUCCCAGUUACCUGUGGCACAGCAGUUUGAGCAACUUAGUAUCCAGUCUGAAGUGCAGCCAGUUCAGCAGGCCAUUGCACCAGCUUCAAGCAAGGCAUUAAGGUUCCCUCUUCGUCCUGGUAGAGGUAGCACUGGGACUAAAUGUAUUGUGAAGGCCAACCACUUCUUUGCGGAGCUUCCCGACAAAGACUUGCAUCAAUAUGAUGUUACAAUUACUCCUGAGGUCACAUCUCGUGGUGUGAACCGCGCUGUUAUAAAGCAGUUGGUGCAGCUUUACAAGGAAUCUCAUCUUGGGAAGAGGUUACCUGCCUAUGAUGGAAGAAAGAGCCUGUACACUGCCGGACCUCUUCCAUUUGUCUCGAAAGAGUUUAAGAUUACCCUUAUUGAUGAGGAGGAUGGAGUUGAAACUGGUUCUGUGAGGAGAGAAAGGGAAUUUAAAGUUGUAAUCAAGCUAGCAGCUCGGGCUGAUUUGCACCAUUUAGGCAUGUUUCUGCAGGGUAGACAAGCUGAUGCCCCUCAGGAAGCCCUUCAGGUUCUGGACAUUGUUCUUCGUGAAUUGCCCACUUCUCGAUAUUGUCCUGUUGGUCGCUCUUUUUACGCCCCUGAUCUGGGAAGAAGGCAACCUUUGGGCGAGGGGCUUGAAAGUUGGCGUGGUUUUUAUCAGAGCAUCCGACCAACUCAGAUGGGGUUAUCACUUAACAUUGAUAUGUCAUCCACCGCAUUCAUUGAACCUCUCCCUGUUAUUGAGUUUGUGCAACAGCUACUCAACAGGGAAGUCUCAUCUAGACCUUUGUCUGAUGCUGACCGUGUCAAGAUUAAGAAAGCCCUUAGGGGAGUUAAAGUGGAAGUAACACAUCGUGGGAACAUGCGCAGAAAGUACAGAAUAUCUGGUUUAACAUCACAAGCAACACGUGAGCUGACUUUUCCUGUGGAUGAAAGGGGGACAAUGAAGUCAGUAGUUGAGUAUUUCCAGGAGACUUAUGGAUUUGUUAUCCACAACACACAUCUGCCUUGUUUGCAAGUUGGAAAUACACAGAGACCAAAUUAUCUCCCCCUAGAGGUCUGCAAGAUUGUCGAGGGCCAGAGGUAUUCAAAGAGAUUGAAUGAGAGACAGAUAACUGCUCUGUUGAAAGUGACUUGCCAGCGUCCCCAGGAGAGGGAGCGUGAUAUUCUUACGACUGUUCGCCAUAAUGCCUAUGGUGACGACCCAUUUGCAAAGGAGUUCGGUAUCAGGAUUAGUGACAGGCUUGCUCAGGUCGAAGCUCGUAUACUGCCUCCUCCGUGGCUUAAAUACCAUGAUUCUGGUCGUGAGAAGGAUUGCCUGCCUCAAGUUGGGCAGUGGAAUAUGAUGAACAAGAAAAUGGUUAAUGGAGGUACAGUAAACAAUUGGAUAUGUGUUAACUUUUCUCGCAAUGUCCAAGACAGCGUGGUUCGCGGCUUCUGUCAGGAGCUUGCCCAGAUGUGUCACACUUCCGGGAUGAACUUCCAUCCACAUCCUGUUUUGCCCCCAAUAUCUGUCCGGCCUGAUCAGGUUGAAAGAGCACUGAAAGCCAGAUAUUCUGAGGCCAUGGCAAAGCUGCCUGCACAGAGGAAGGAACUGGACUUGCUGAUUGUCAUUUUGCCGGACAAUAAUGGCUCUCUUUACGGUGAUCUCAAACGGAUUUGUGAGACUGAUCUAGGAAUUGUAUCUCAGUGCUGUUUAACAAAGCAUGUUUUCAAGAUGAGCAAGCAGUAUCUUGCCAAUGUUGCUCUGAAGAUCAACGUGAAAGUUGGUGGGAGGAACACUGUACUUGUUGAUGCUUUGUCUAGACGCAUACCUCUUGUGAGUGACAGGCCAACUAUCAUCUUUGGUGCUGAUGUUACCCAUCCCCACCCUGGCGAGGAUUCGAGUCCAUCCAUUGCAGCUGUUGUCGCAUCGCAGGAUUGGCCUGAAGUUACUAAGUAUGCUGGUUUGGUCAGUGCUCAAGCUCAUCGACAGGAGCUAAUUCAAGAUUUGUUUAAGACCUGGCAAGAUCCUGCUAGAGGAACUGUAACUGGUGGCAUGAUCAAAGAGUUGCUGAUUUCCUUCCGUAAAGCAACUGGUCAGAAGCCACAGAGAAUUAUCUUUUAUAGAGAUGGUGUCAGUGAAGGGCAGUUUUAUCAAGUGUUGCUCUAUGAGUUGGAUGCAAUUCGAAGGGCGUGUGCAUCUCUGGAACCAAACUAUCAGCCACCUGUGACUUUUGUGGUGGUUCAGAAACGCCACCAUACAAGGUUGUUUGCCAACAAUCACAAUGACCGUAAUACCACUGAUCGCAGCGGCAACAUUCUGCCUGGUACUGUUGUAGAUUCGAAGAUUUGUCACCCUACAGAAUUUGAUUUUUACCUAUGCAGCCAUGCUGGAAUACAGGGUACGAGCCGACCGGCGCAUUACCAUGUGCUGUGGGAUGAGAACAACUUCUCUGCAGAUGGGCUGCAGUCUCUCACGAACAAUCUGUGUUAUACGUAUGCUAGAUGCACCCGUUCUGUCUCAAUUGUUCCACCUGCAUACUAUGCUCACCUGGCUGCCUUCCGCGCCCGGUUCUAUAUGGAGCCUGAGACCUCUGACAGUGGUUCUGUGACCACUGCUCGUGGUGGUGCUGGUCCUGUGCCUGGCGUUAGGAGUACUCGUGCACCUGGUGUCAAUGCCAAUGUGAGGCCUCUUCCUGCGCUCAAGGAGAACGUGAAGAGGGUUAUGUUCUACUGUUAG